AUGUCUAGGGUACUUCUUGGUGGCUCAAUAAGAAGAUGCUUCUUGCAUACGGGCCAGGUUUUGAAGGCUGAGGAGUCUGUUGCGACAGUUUCGAAAUUGUCGAAAGAUCAAUUGAAGAAAAGAGAACUACGUAGAAUGGCCCAACGAAAAGCUGCAGCUAAAAGACCUGCAAGUGAUCAUCCAUUAUAUAUGCCCAUUUCGAAAGCACUGAGAUUCUUACGGGCAGCGGAGGUCGGACAGCCUUCUUCACAACAAACAUUGAAUUUGACAACUUUAAUAGUCGCUGAAAGGGGUGUACCAGCGCUAUCGGGCAGUGUGUCAUUUCCAAGACCAAUUAAAGAAACGAAAAUUGCUGUAUUCAGCGACGAUGAGGGGCAGUUAAAAACUGUUGCCGAGCAGUUCAAUUGCCAUCUCCUUGGUGGGUCGUCCUUAAUUGAAAAGAUUAAGAAUGGGGAUAUUCCAGUUGACUUCGACAAAGCAUUUGCUACUCCAGAAAUUGUGCCUGCCUUAACCUCGCAACUAGCAAGAGUUUUGGGACCUCGUGGUGUUCUGCCUACUGUCAAAAAGGGUACAGUCGCACCAGAUAUUACACCACUGGUAAAACAAAGUUUAGGUUCAAUGCCGUUCAGACAACAAGGAAAUUGCAUCAGUAUUGCAGUAGGCAAAUGCUCGUUCGCAGAUGGACAAAUUCUGGAAAAUAUUAUCGCAACACAAGAGGCAUACAAAGAAGCUUUAGUAAAUCAAAAGUCGAAGAAGUCAAGCAUGCUAGGAAAGACAACCUUGUCAAGUACGCAUGGUCCUGGCAUAGUAAUUGAUUUUGCUUAG